CAAAAAUGAACCGUUCCUCUGUUGCCUGCAAAUAACGCGAAAAUCUCUCUGAGAAAAAAUAAAAAUAAAAUAAAAGAAACCGAACCAGUCGUGGGAAGGAUCCGAAAGAAGAUGAACCAGAGAAAUUUGAAGAAGAAACCCUAAUCUUAGCCUCGCUUUUAUUCUAUCUUCUUCUUCUUCUUCUUUCUUCGUUCUUAAUCUGAGAGGCGCCAAGAUUGGUACGGGCGGAGCUAGGCUAGGGUUAGGAUUUUAGGCUCGGGAAAUUAGGGUUAGGGUUUUGAUUUUAUUGGCUGUUUCUUUCUCCUGUGGUUUGGGAGGUGAAAUUGAAAGGCGGAGUUGUAUUGGAGGAUUUGGGAUUUUAGGGUUAGGGUUAAGUGUUUUCUCGUUUUUUCAUGGGAGGUGUGGGAGUUUAUGGUGGUGGUUUGUGUCGGUUAUGAACGUUGACCAAUGCCAGUGGCGGAAGAAGAUGAUGGGUAGGGGAGUGGACGGAGGUUGUGGUGCUGAAGAGAAGCCUUAUCGACCAUUUCGUAGGGUUGCGUUAGAUAAGGAGAAUGGGUAUGAGGAUAUGGGUUCGUUGGAAAUCGAUUUCUUAGCUCAAGCUAGCAAAAAUCUAUCUGAGAGGUCUCCUUUUGAUGUUCCUGAAGAUGGUUCUACUUCUGUGUUAAGUGUGCCUACUCUACCUAUUGCUUUAGCUAAUUUGCUGAAGAACCAUUCGGAUAAUAAGAAACGGCAUAAGAAGUCUCAUUCUGGUGCGGAUAAGAAGAAGAAGAAGUCUUCUAGGCAAGGGGAUAAGUUGAGAAGUGGGAGUAUCUGGCUUGAACAUGAGGACUACUUUAGGCGCUUAGAUUUUCCUGAUUUAGAAACUUUGUCUGAUUUAGCAUCUCUACGAUCUUUAUCUUCUAGAAAUUGCUUUUCCAUUCCAUCGGUGGAAUACGAUUCUAUUGAUAUUCAACAGAGGGAAACUGAUGCGAGUGCAAAGAAUGAGGAUGUUGUUUGUGGAGAUGGCGUUGUUCUGGAACAAAUUAAGAACCUUCUCACUAAAGAUAUAUCUGAAGGCACAGUAAGAAAAGAAGAGGAUGUUGUUAAGCCAAUGGGUGUUGACAAUGUAGGGAAUGGAAUCUCCUCUGGGUCAGACUAUUCUGGUAGUUUAGAAUGGGUUUUAGGUAAUAGAAAUAGGAUUUUGUUGACAUCAGAAAGGCCCUCCAAAAAGCGGAAGCUUCUUGGUAGUGAUGCAGGUUUGGGGAAAUUAAUGGUUGCGGCUCCUUGUGAAGGGAAUGCGUUGUUAUGUGAUUUUUGCUGCACUGGUCAUCAUCAGUUGAUUGUUUGCACUUCCUGCAAAGCUACAGUUCACAAAAAAUGCUAUGGCCUGCUUGAAGAUUCAGGUAAACCUUGGUUGUGCUCUUGGUGUGAGCUGGAGAAUGGUCGUGCUGAUUCUGAAAGACCAUGCUUGCUUUGUCCAAAAAAGGGUGGCAUCCUUAAACCUGUUCUCUCAAAAACUGAGAAUGGUGGGCCGGCGGAGUUUGCUCAUCUGUUUUGUUCUCUGUGGAUGCCUGAGGUGUAUAUAGAAGACUUGAAAAAAAUGGAGCCCAUCUUGAAUUUUCCUGGGAUAAAAGAAACUCGGAGGAAGUUAUUGUGUAACUUGUGCAAGGUGAAAUCUGGUGCUUGCAUUCGCUGUUGUAAUGUCGUUGUCCUUACUUUGUCUAUGCCAGAUAACCCAAUUGUCUGGAUUAUUUUCACUGGAAAAUGCUUUGUUGGCAUUUAUUAUCACAAUGCAGUGGAGGCAGGGAAUAGGCUAGAGGUCUGGGGAAAACAUGGGUGUGAUACUGUUGAACUGCGAGCUUUCUGCUCGAAGCAUUCAGAUAUUCAAGAAAGUGGAAAGUCAGUAGAGGGAGGAGAAAGUAAUGCAGCUGAAAGUCGUUCUCCUAUAUGUCAUCUUCCAUCAGAAUCUGUUGGAGAAGGUCACCUAAGUAAUGAUGAGAUGGGAGUUGAUGUAGGAACACCGGGUACAGGUUCUGAUAUUUCGAGAAACAGUGACUUACAAGAGCUAGAAUCACCACAUUCAAAAUUUAACUUGUCUGCAACAGACAAUGUAGAAUCAGGGAUGACUGGGAGAAGCAACGAAGAUGAAAGAACUCUGUCCAAGUCUCUUAGUUUUGGAUUGAUUCUGAAAAAGUUGAUCGACCUGGGUAAAGUGGAUGUGAAGGAUGUGGCUGCAGAGAUUGGGAUUAAUCCUGAUGCUUUGAGGGCUAAACUUACGGACGGAGACUUGUUACCUGAUUUACUAGGCAAAGUAGUUAAAUGGCUUAGCCAGCAUGCACACAUGGGUUCUUCGGAUAAAGGCAAAAAUUUAAAACCUAAAGCUAAUGGAUCAGUUUUGAAGAAAGAAGGAAGUGUUAGUUUGGCACCUGAUCAUUCUCCAGAAGAAAAGAAUUCAAUAGUGCUUGAUCAGAAAGUUCAUCAUGGGAAAAGUUCAGUUAUUCCUUCUGAUGAUCAUGGAGAACAAUCAAACUCCAGUUCUUCUGGAGUCAUGAUGGAGAAUGCCUUUUCCUUGAGGCCAAAUAGUUCUCAGAAUCGUGGAAAUUUGAACUGUCCAAACCCCAUUAUCUUGGAUCUCUUCAAUCAGGAAGCAUAUCCUGGUUUCAAUCCUCAUCGUUAUAUCCACAAAGAAUUGUCAGAACUUGGCAAGGAACAAACCCUGAAAAGCAGCACGGAUUCUGAUGUGGCUAGGAUGACAACCAAUUUUGAUGGCUCUGAAGAAGGAAACAAACAUCUGCAGGGUGCAGAGACAUUUCUUCAGUUAUCUAAAGCUAGGAAAUUGGGCAUACUGGAUCUGUCUCCUGAAGAUGAAUUGGAAGGAGAACUUCUAUAUUAUCAGCUUCAGUUACUUGGCACUGCAGUUUCAAGAAAGCAACUAUCUGACAAUUUAGUCUAUGAAGUUGCUAAAAAGCUGCCUCUGGAAAUUGAUGAACAACAUGGACGAAGAUGGGAUGAUGUUCUGGUCAACAAAUAUUUCCAUGAUGUCAGGGAAGCAAGAAAGCAAGGUAGGAAAGAGCAAAGAAACAAACAAGCCCAGGCUGUUCUAGCUGCUGCUACUGCUGCAGCGGCGACAUCUUCUAGGAAUACAUCGCUUAGGAAAGAUAUGUCAGAAGAACCUGCACAACAAGAGAUGAGCACUUCUAGACGUAAAGUUGUUGGCAGCUCUCACCUAGUUCCACAGACAAAGGAAUCACUUUUAAAGAUGGCUGUUUCUGGGCCACCAUCCGAGAAGCGGUCUGAUCAUCACACACCAGACUUUUUAGUAGAAAAUCCACGAACUUGUGACAUCUGCAGGCGCUCCGAAACUAUAUGGAACCUGAUUGUAGUGUGCUCUAGUUGCAAGGUUGCUGUUCACAUUGAUUGCUACAAAUGUGCUAAAGAAUCUACUGGUCCCUGGUACUGUGAGCUAUGUGCGGAGUCAUCUUCAGAACCUUCUUUCAAUUUUGGGGAAAAACCGAAUUCUUCUACAGAAUGUACUCUGUGUGGUGGCACAACUGGGGCUUUUAGGAAAACCACAAAUGGGCAAUGGGUACAUGCGUUUUGUGCUGAGUGGUCCUUGGAGUCAACGUUCAGAAGGGGACAAAUAAAUCCUGUGCAGGGAAUGGAGUCUCUGGCCAAGAAAACGGAUAAUUGUUGUGUAUGCCAACGGAUAUAUGGUGCAUGCACUAAGUGCAGUUAUGGUAACUGCCAGACGACAUUCCACCCCUCCUGUGCCAGAAGCGCGGGUUUUCAUAUGACUGGUGGUGGUAAACAUCCGCAUAAGGCGUACUGUGAGAAGCACAGCAUGGAGCAGAAGGCAAAGGCCGAAUCUCAGAAACAUGGUGCAGAGGAGCUGAAAAGUCUCAAACAUUAUAGGGUUGAACUUGAGAGGUUACGCCUUCUGUGCGAGCGGAUAGUCAAGAGGGAGAAAUUAAAGCGAGAGUUGGCUAUUUCCUCACAUGAAAUACUUGCUGCCAAAAGGGAUCAUGCUGCACGGCCAUUACAUGUCCGUAAUCCAUUUUCUCCUCCAGAAGUUUCGUCGGACUCAGCUACAACAUCAAUAAAAGGCCAUCCUGAUAGUAAUAUAUCUGGCAGUGAAGCAAUACAGAGGUCAGAUGAUAUCACUAUUGACAGCACAGUCACUGAUAAGCGCAGAGGCAAAGGUCCCUUAUUAAUGGACACGGAUCAGAAAACUGAUGACAGUGCUACUUCCAAGAGUCGGUUUUCCCGUAAACUAACAGAAAGACAGAUCUUAUCUGGGAAAACUGUUCCCCGCAAACAUUGUAUAGUGUCACCUAGUGUUUCAGAGGAUGGAGAUAACGGGUCAAAGCCCAAGAAGCAGCAUGUAGAAACAUUUGCAAAAGAGCUGGUGAUGACAUCAGAUGAAGCUUCUUUCAAGAACCGGCGGCUCCCAAAGGGAUACUUCUAUGUUCCUGUUGAUUGUCUUCAGGAAGACAAACCGGGAAACCAGAAGCUGGCUUCAUCUGACAAGCCAGCGAACCAGAAGACAUCUUCAGGUGAUCAGUCAGGUAAAGACGACGGGUAAAAGCUGAGAACACACAUUUUGGCUCAUUGCUCCUACCUUAAUUAGAUACUGGCUAUUGGUGGACAUUGUCUUCUGCGCCCUAACCAGGAUUCACCAACUGGCUUAAAGCAAAAGAACAGAUGGUAUUGCGCUACAAAAGAGCUGUGGCUGCAACUGAGAAUCAGCUAAAAAAAGCUAUUGUGAAGCUUUUGGGUACUCGAUACAAACUGUGCCUAUUGGUAAUGUUUGAGAUUUGAGGGUAACAUCUCUAUAGGAAAAAGGCUUCAGAUUGGAUUCAGGGAAGUGAGAAAAAAGCUCCCUAUUACCAUAUAAAGAAGGAUCGGUCACGUGUAAUUCUGUUUGUAUAAAGAAGCGGAAAAAAAAGAAAAGGGUUGCAUAAGUGUAUAUAUUCAUCAAUUGUGUCUAAAAUCUGACCAAGGGAAUAAUA